UAAAAAAGUCUAGUAACAUAGAAAUGGAACGAGAUAUAACUCAUUUGCAUGAGAUGAAUCUCACAUCAAUAUAAUAAGAUUAUGUUGGAUUCUAUAAUUAAUUUAUCUGUAAACUGAAUUAGAAUUCGAGAUCCAAAGAAUGAGAUUUGAGAGUCCUCAAAACGUGAAUUAAAACAUCUACAAACGAGGAAACUACACACCCCUCUUAAUUUCCUUGUUUUCCCAUCAGUUUCAACUUCAAAACUCACGCCCCAGAACAGAGAGAAACUAUACCCACUUGUUCUCUCUCUCUCUCUCUCUCUCUCAUAUUUUGUUGUUGUCAAUGAUAUUCCUGAGAGAGAGAGAGAGAGAGCAUAGUUGAUCAGCUAAUCGUUAUCAUCAUCUUCAUCAUAAAUUCUAUAUUUUUGCAGACAAAAGUCUCCCAAAAACCAUGAAAAAGAACAGUGAAAAAUUUGCCAACACAGCGGUCUUACGGCAACUCUGUGGGUUCGGCGGCAGACAAUCCAACCUCGGCGGUGUCGGAGCACGGUCGUUCAAGAAGAGAGUCACCACGUCUCCGGCCGCGCUUUGUGUCUUCAUCUCCCUCCUCUUCGCCGCCUUCGUUUUCGUCAGCUGGUUUGACCACUCUAUAUUUUCAAGCCUUUCUUCAAAAAACAUAAAACAACAUUUAAAAACACCAAAAAAAACACCUCAUCCUCGUUACCCACUAAACUGCACAGCAUGGAACCGGACGCAAACAUGCCCAACAAACUACCCAUCCGUACACAAACCCACCAAUCUCAACCGUCCAUCAAACCAAACCUGCCCCGAUUACUUCCGUUGGAUCCACGAAGAUCUACGGCCCUGGAAAGAGAGUGGAAUCACAAGAGAAAUGCUUGAGGGUGCACGUAGACCCGCCCACUUCAGAUUAAUAAUCGUAGACGGUAAGGCGUACGUGGAGAAGCAUAGGAAGUCGAUUCAGACCAGAGAUUUAUUUACAGUGUGGGGGAUCGCACAGUUGCUUCGGUUGUACCCUGGAAGAUUGCCUGAUUUGGAGAUGAUGUUUGACUGUGAUGAUCGACCGGUCAUCAGAUCAAGGGACUAUAAGGGGCCUAAUGCGGGCCCACCGCCAUUGUUUCGGUAUUGUUCUGACGGAGGGAGUUUGGAUAUUGUGUUUCCUGAUUGGUCGUUUUGGGGCUGGGCUGAGACAAAUAUAAGGCCAUGGAAACAUUUGUUGGAGGACAUAAAAGAAGGCAACAAGAGAGUAAAGUGGGAGGACAGGGUGCCCUUAGCUUAUUGGAAAGGGAACCCACAUGUGGCUGGUACCAGAAAGGACCUUUUGAGUUGCAAUGUUUCAGAUCAACACAAUUGGGACACUCUCUUGUACAUCCAGGAUUGGUUGAAGGAAUUCAAAGAAGGGUACAAGCAAUCAAAUCUAGAAGAUCAGUGUACCCACAGAUACAAAAUAUAUAUAGAAGGAUGGGCAUGGUCAGUGAGUGAAAAAUACAUAUUAGCAUGCAACUCACCAACAUUGUAUGUGACACCACAUUAUCAUGACUUCUUUGUAAGAGGCAUGGUACCCCAAAAGCACUAUUGGCCCAUUAGGGACAAUAACAAGUGCAAAUCCCUCAAGUUUGCUGUUGAAUGGGGCAACAAUCACACUUCAAAGGCAAAAGCCAUUGGAGAGGCAUCAAGCCACUACGUUCAAGAGGAUAUAAAGAUGGAUUAUGUGUAUGACUACAUGUUUCAUUUGUUGAAUGAAUAUGCAAAGCUUUUGAAGUUCAAACCAACCAUACCUCCGAAAGCAAUUGAGCUCUGUCCGGAGGUCAUGGCGUGCCCUGCUGACGGAGUUUGGAAGAAAUUCAUGUUGGAUUCGUUGGAGGAGGCUCCUAGUGACACAAUUCCUUGCACUUUGCCUCCACCCUAUGAUCCCCAAGCACUUAAAGCUUUUCUUGAUGGAAAAUUUAUGAAAACAAAACAAGUUGAGAGGUGGGAAAAUGAGUAUUGGGGCAAACAAAAUGUGAAGCAAUAAACAACCAUGCCUCUUUGAUAUAUGUUCUAAUAAUUUGUAAUUGGAUGUUUAACUUUCAUUGGCUUCAUUUGGCGCUUUAUAUUCGUAGGACUUGUAUAUAAUAGUGGUUCAAGA